AUGGCUCACCAAGCACACUCUUAUCACAUAGUAGACCCAAGCCCAUGACCCAUCUUAGGAGCAGCCGCUGCCCUACUAACCACUUCAGGACUAACAAUAUGAUUCCACUACAAUUCCCCCCGACUCCUAAUUCUAGGGCUCAUCACCACCGUCCUAGUCAUAUUCCAAUGAUGGCGGGACAUUGUACGAGAGAGCACAUUCCAAGGCCACCACACCCCUACCGUACAAAAAGGUCUUCGAUACGGAAUAGCCUUAUUCAUCACAUCAGAGGCCUUCUUCUUCCUGGGGUUCUUCUGAGCCUUUUUCCACUCAAGCCUGGCCCCAACCCCAGAACUCGGAGGACAGUGACCACCUGUAGGAAUUAAACCCCUAAACCCAAUAGAAGUACCACUCCUAAAUACUGCCAUCCUUCUAGCAUCAGGAGUUACUGUCACAUGAGCCCACCACAGCAUCACAGAGGCCAAACGAAAACAAGCAAUCCAAGCCCUAUUCCUAACAGUCCUACUAGGAUUCUACUUCACAGCCCUACAAGCCAUAGAAUACUACGAAGCCCCAUUCUCCAUCGCAGACGGCGUUUACGGCUCAACCUUCUUCGUCGCUACAGGAUUCCACGGCUUACACGUAAUUAUCGGUUCUACCUUCCUACUAGUAUGCCUCCUACGCCUAAUCAAGUACCACUUCACAUCCAACCACCACUUCGGAUUUGAAGCAGCCGCCUGAUACUGACACUUUGUAGACGUUGUAUGAUUAUUCCUCUAUAUCUCUAUCUACUGAUGAGGAUCCU